CUGGCACUUAUGAGAUCCAGUCCUGGCAACAUGGAGAAGAUAGUCAUCUGCCUGAUGUUCAUCUUCUUGGGGACAGUGGCCCAUAAAUCCACCUUCCAAGGGCAAGAUCGCUUCUUGAUUAGAUUGCGUCAACUUAUAGAUAUUGUUGAUCAGCUGAAAAAUUAUGUGAAUGACUUGGACCCUGAUCUUCUGCCAGCUCCAGAAGAUGUAAAGAGACACUGUGAGCAGUCAGCCUUUUCAUGUUUUCAGAAGGUCCAACUGAAGUCAGCAAAUACAGGAGACAGUGAAAAGACCAUCCAUAUAUUAACUAAACAGUUGAAGAGGAAACUACCUCCCUCAAAUGAAGAGAGAAGACAGAAACAUAGACUGACAUGCCCUUCAUGUGAUUCUUAUGAGAAAAAACCACCCAGAGAAUUCCUAGAAAGACUGAAAUCACUAAUCCAAAAGAUGAUUCAUCAGCAACUCUCCUAG